UGAAUUGGAUCGCCAUGUCCGAAAAUAGUGAAUCUCUUCCGUCCAAGAUGUGAAAUAGAAUAAACGAGACAAGAAGAAUGGACUGCGGACACGCGUUUAAUGAUAUUGAAAAUGGGAAUUUUACAAUUUACAAAAUUUAGUAUCAAACGAAGUUUUCCGAGAAAUAGAGGAAUAAACAAGAUAAAUAAAAAUUAUAUCCUUACAUAGGCAAAAUGUCGGUAACAAAAUUUUAUGUCGAUCAAGAAAUAUUUAUAACGGGAGGAUCAGGUUUUAUAGGUAAAGCAUUGAUUGAGAAAAUUAUGCGUUCAUUUCCCGAAUUCAGUAAAAUAUAUGUGUUACUGCGUAGCAAAGUGAACAAAAGUGCCGAUGAAAGAUUACAAAUUUUAUUAAAGGAUCCGGUAUUUGAACGGGUUCGACGAGAGCAACCACAAAAUUUUCAAAAAAUAUUUUCUAUUGCCGGUGACUGUAAGGAACUCGGACUGGGCAUUAGUCCAGACGAUCGUAAACGUAUAGAAAAUGUUACUAUGAUAUUCCAUUCGGCUGCUAGCGUUAGAUUUGAUGAUAAUUUUAAAGAUGCGAUUCUAUUGAACACACGUGGUGCCUUCGAAUUGAUUAAAAUAGCUGAGGGUUUAAAGAAACUGAAAGCAUUCAUACAUAUCUCGACAACUUAUUCAAAUCCCGAUAGACAUGUAGUGGAAGAAAAGAUUUAUCCACCAUUGGCUGAUUGGCGAACAACUAUUAAAUUAGCCGAACAUUACGAUACCAAAAUGUUAAACAUAUUAUUUGCGAAAUACAGUUCACAUCAACCGAAUACGUAUACGUUCACCAAGCAUUUAGCUGAACAUAUUGUUAAUGAUCAUCGCCAUAAAAUACCGAUUUUAUUAUAUCGGCCAUCUAUUGUCGUUUCCAGCAUAUUUGAGCCUGUACCGGGUUGGAUAGAUAAUUUCAAUGGCCCAAUAGGUUUAUUAAUUGCUUGUGGUCUUGGUAUUUUACGUACUAGCCAUGCGAAUCCUAAUGUUAGAGCCGAUAUUGUCCCUGUUGAUGUAUGCGUGCAAGGUUUAAUAUUAGCCGGUUAUAAAUUGGGAAACCUUAUUGAAGCCACACGUGAAGAUCAACUAUUGGAAGUGGUCAACUGCUCGAAUGCUCUGAUCCGAACGUUUUGCUUUGGCAAGAUUAUAGAGCUUGGCAGAACAAUUAUUCGAAAAAAUCCUUUGGAAAAAUGUAUUUGGCUACCGAGUGGCAGCAUUACAGAUAACGUAAUUUGGCAUUAUGUCAGAUUUAUUACCGGACAACUGAGCUUGGCCCUUAUUGGUGAUUGUUUGAUACUUUUAGCCAGAAGAAAGCCAAUACUCCUCAAGUUGCAACGGCGCAUAUUUAUGUCGUGUCAGGCGCUUUACAAAUUCUAUACAACGCAAUGGCUGUUCUUAAAUGACAAUUUCCUGGCCUUGAAAAAUGUAAUACCACCUGAGGACUUACCUAAGUUGGGCUUAUUUCAGAAUGUAGACAUUGAUGAUGAGACUUUUUACAUCAAUGGUAUUAGAGGUGCAAAACAAUUUUUACUACAUGAGCCGCUUGAGGCAACGAGAGGACCCCGUGUACGUCUUCAAUUUCUUUUCUUUCUUAAUUACUUUGUACAAAUUGCUGGCAUUCUACUAAUUGGACGAGCUCUCUUGCAGUAUUUGUAUGGAAAGUUGUACAAUGCUUAAGAAGAUGAAAAGCUUCUCGAUCUAAACUCUUUUACUUUGAAUAUAAACGGUGUGCGGGAAAUAGAAAUUUUACUUG